GCUGGAUAUGAUUUUACUGAGAUUUGUGGAGGGUGAGGGCACACGUACCCCCCACCAAUUGUUUCGAUUUGAGCUUUCACCUCAGUGCGAUUCUCCCGAAUAUUUUGUUGAACAGAGUCAAGUCGAAUCCCAGACGAAACGGCAUAACAGACUUCGAACCUCUUCGAAUCAGGUGCAACUGCGAUCCAAGUCAGUCAGAUGGCAACAAUUGCGAGUAACGGAGCUCUUCACAGCAUCCUCGGUGGCCUUCAACCUGGUGGAACAUGUCUGUCGUGGAUGGCGGGCUUGGUAGCCUGCGAAGCUCUCCGAUUGACCCAACGUUUCACCAAAAAUACUUCUUGGUUCACACGUUUCUUUGUAUAUUUUGCCUUAGCAAUGUCGGUGACUCUGGCGGGCCUGUUUGCGUCAGUCUUGUAUCAUUAUUGUGUCGAGAGUUAUGGGAAUUACGAGGCCCUUAGACAUAUCACUAGGGUUCUACGGUUUCAUUUCGUUUGUAGUAGGGUCGCAACAUUUGCAGGAUUCUUAUUUUACACGCAAUCUGUCUGGGGUUCCAAGACAGGGAAAAUGAAGAUAUGCAAAAUUCCAAUCGUCCAACUCAUCCUUGUGAUGGUGAAUAUGUGCCUUUACGCCUUAUUCACUCUCCGAAUCAUCCGGUUGUUCAGCUUGGCAACCUUUGAGGAUUUUGCCGACACAUGGCUGUUUGAGAGAUCAGGGCAAUCUGUUCAGCUGGGUUGCGGUGUUGUAUUGACCUUUGUCAAGGCAUAUGAUCUUUCGCGCUCUGAUGAUAUUUCGAAAGUACUUGCCAUGAAGAAUGACCCGUUUCGAUGCGCUUGGGGUGUAUUAUGCUUACUAUGCCAAACAGCCAUAUUCCCGACGGUCUUUGACACCAUCUCGGUGUGUCAAAAUCAAAAACAUGGGAUAAGUGGGGCGAGUUACAGUAUCUUCUCCAAUACCAUCUCUGCUUCAGCGCUCUAAGGCCUCAGGUACUGAUGCCCAUCGAAUUCAGAUAAUGGCCAUCAGUGCUGCGCUUGACGACGAUGACACGAUUGUUUGUGGGACGCCCUGCCCCGUGGGAAGGAGUGAUCGGGAUGAUGGAGAUGCAGGUAAAAGGCAUAUCACAUUCCAAUCACUGGAUAAGAGGGAAAGACAUGACACAUAAGACGUCGAGCUGAGUGUAAAUUGGUAUUGGGCAUUAAUAUGGAGUAUAGCUUCGCUUGUGAUUUCUUUGCUUCAACUCGUCAAAAUGAAUUUUGGGAAUGUGUUUGGUUACAGAGAAAAAUGAGGAUUGUGUUAUAUUUAGUUCACCUUUUCUUGUCAUCGGUAGUAGUCACCAAAUGGGCCCUGAGAAACAACAUCACAGAAUGAAAACAAAUCUUGACCAA